AUGAACACCGUCGUUGCUCAGUUGCAGAGACAAUUUCAAGACUACAUCGUUUCUCUUUAUCAACAGAAUUGGCUUGAUGAGAUAGAUUCAGCGUUAGAUGAUGAGCUUAAGGUAGCGUGUGCAUACGAAGUUGAGGGUGUUUUUAAGAUGAUAGGUAUGUUUAUUUGGUUUUUUUUUAAGGGAUUUCUGGAUAAUCAGUUCUCCGAGUUGAGAAAGUUGCAAGAUGAAGGCUCUCCUGAUUUUGUAGCUGAGGUUGUCUCUCUAUUCUUUGACGACUGUGCCAAGCUUAUAAAUAGCAUGUCUACAUCGCUGGAGCGGCCAGAAAAUGUGGAUUUCAAACAGGUUGAUUCAGGGGUGCACCAACUGAAGGGUAGUAGCUCCAGGUAUAUCAGAAUGUCUUGGGGAUCCAUAAUUAUUGUUGGUGCAAGGAGGGUAAAAAAUGUGUGUAUAUCUUUCAAGGAAUGUUGCGAUGUUCAGAACCGUGAAGGGUGUUUAAGGUGUUUGCAGCAGGUGGAUUCUGAAUAUAAGAUGUUAAAGACCAAACUUCAGGUUCUCUUCAAUCUAGAGCAACAGAUCCUCCAAGCUGGAGGUACAAUUCCUCAGGUGGAUAUAAACUAG